GAUGUUUUGUUGCUUUUGCAUUACGAGUGUAAGAAGACUGGGAGAGGAGCUGAGUGUGACGGAGUUGGAGUUGUUUGGACAGCUAGCGCUUGUGUAUUCCAAUUUUCUUAUUUUCUUAGUGAAAACGCAGUAAGCUGAAAAUGACAAUGAAUGAACGAAGUCCGGUUUUUUGACACGUGAGGCCACCUUCCCUUGGCCUAAUUCGCUGUUUGGUCUGUCACGACGUCUCGGCCAUCGCACAGCUAUGGAGACCAACGAUAAUAAGGAUGUCAAGCUUUCUGCCGAAGUAGAGCCUUUUAUUCCCCAGAAGAAGGGUACAGAGACUGUCUUGGUCCCAGUGAAUCUAUCAAAUGACAACGGAGGAGGAAGCAACAUGAAUAAUGUUGAACCUGCGCCUAUCCCUAGUUACCUUAUUACAUGUUACCCGUUUGUUCAGGAAAAUCAGCCAAAUAGGCAGCUACCCUUGUAUAACAGUGAUCUAAGAUGGCAGCAACCCAACCCAAGCUCUACUGGUCCUUACCUUGCCUACCCUAUUCUUCCAUCACCUCAGCCUCCUGUUUCGAAUGACUACACGUACUACCAAAUUAUGCCAGCACCUUGUGCGCCCAUGAUGGGAUUUUACCACCCCUUUCCCACACCUUAUGGAGCCUCUAUUCAAACAACAGGUGUUGUCAAUGCUAUGUCCACAGAAUGCGGAGAUCGUCCCAUGCAGACUGGACAGAUUCUUCCUGUAUCAGGACAACGGGUGCGUGGAAUCAUUAGAUCACCUGUUAUUGCAAAGCUGCCGCAGCAGAUAAGAAGUAAGCGACCACUUAUGAGGAGUGUCGCAAUUCAGAAAGAGAUCAGUGCUUCAGGCCCAGACAGCAGAUCCAAGACUGUCCUUUUGGUUGACGCCUCCCAGCAAACAGAUUUCCCUGGUGAAAUAGCCAGUAGGUCGCUAUCAGAAAGGGCAAGUCCUUUAGUGUGGAAGACCAAGACAAGAAGAAGAAGGGCAUCCCAUCCAACAGCAGAAUCCUCUAGUGAACAUGGUGCAAGUGAAGCCGAUAUUGAUAGUGACAGCGGAUACUGUAGCCCUAAGCACAGCCAUCACCAGCAGACAGGCACCUUGGGAACACGGCCAUUGGAUUCUAGCAGUGCUGUUGUAUGUAGUACUAUUUUAAGAUUUGGUACUACCUGGGUCAAUGUUGCCUCGCAGGUUACUCAAAGGUCCUGGUUUGAUAGAACUUCUCCAUAUUUUAAGGGUGGAAAGUUGUGUGAUCAAAGGAAUUAUGCAAUGAAUGGUUACAGAGGAAGAGGACAGAGUGUUUCAUGCGAAAGAAAACUGAGCUUGCAGAAAAGGCCAGAUGGUAAACCUCAAACUAUUGGCCAUUUACCUGGAACAAAGCCAGAUACAGAAUCUUUGUAUUUUGAGGAUGAAAAAGAAUUUCCUGACCUAAAUACCGUAGCUGCCGUUUCAAGAAAUAAGACUGAACAAAUGCAGUCCAAAAUCCCCAAGAACCUGCUGGAGAAUCUGCCUGAGAACUCUCCUAUCAACAUUGUACAGACUCCAAUUCCAAUCACAACUUCUGUCCCUAAACGAGCAAAAAGUCAGAGAAAGAAGGCCUUGGCAGCUGCCCUUGCUACAGCUCAGGAAUAUUCUGAAAUAAGCAUGGAGCAAAAGAAAUUGCAGGACGCUCUAACUAAAGCUGCAGGGAAGAAGAGUAAAACUCCAGUUCAGCUAGACCUUGGGGAUAUGCUUGCGGCACUGGAGAAACAGCAGCAAGCUAUGAAGGCUCGGCAGCUAACCAAUACUAAACCACUGUCUUAUACAGUUGGCACCUCAACUCCCUUUCAUACCAAGGAUUCAAGCAGCAAAAGGUCUUUGUUUAAAAGUCAGCCUUACUCUCUGCCUCACAAUAUUCUGGACUCCGCACCUCCCAGAGUAAAAAGAGGAAAGGAGAGAGAGAUACCCAAGGUUAAGAGGCCAACAGCACUUAAAAAAAUAAUCCUAAAAGAGAGAGAAGUAAAGAAAGGCAAAUAUUCCGUUGAUCAUAAUCUUACAGAGCCAGAAGAACAAGGGGACUUGCACUUGCAUUUCACUGAUGAUCAGUCCCAUGAAGGAGUAUCUCAAGAAGAGUUGGGGCUGAGUGUGCCCAGUGAUGCAUCUCUUUCUCCUGCUUCUCAGAAUUCUCCGUACAGCAUAACCCCAGUGUCUCAAGGAUCUCCUGCUAGUUCAGGAAUAGGCAGUCCAAUGGCAACUUCUGCUAUCACCAAAAUUCACAGCCGCCGAUUCAGAGAGUACUGUAAUCAAGUUCUGAGCAAAGAGAUUGAUGAGAGUGUGACUGUUCUUCUGCAAGAGCUUGUACGCUUCCAAGAACGUGUCUACCAGAAAGAUCCUGUAAAAGCAAAAGCCAAAAGGAGGCUUGUAAUGGGACUGCGAGAAGUGACCAAACACAUGAAGCUACAUAAAAUUAAGUGUGUUAUUAUUUCACCAAACUGUGAAAAAAUACAGUCAAAAGGUGGAUUGGAUGAAGCUUUGUACAAUGUAAUAGCAAUGGCCAGAGAACAGGAGAUCCCAUUUGUCUUCGCUCUGGGUCGAAAAGCCUUAGGACGGUGUGUUAACAAAUUAGUCCCUGUUAGUGUGGUUGGAAUCUUCAACUUCUCUGGUGCUGAGACCUUGUUUAAUAAGCUGGUUUCGCUAACAGAAGAGGCUAGAAAAGCCUACAAGGACAUGGUGUCAGCUUUGGAGCAGGAACAAGCAGAAGAAGCCCUGAAAAACAUCAAGAAGGUUCCUCACCACAUGGGCCAUUCUCGAAACCCUUCAGCAGCCAGUGCCAUCUCAUUCUGCAGUGUCAUUUCAGAGCCUAUCUCAGAGGUUAACGAGAAGGAAUACGAAACCAACUGGAGAAACAUGGUUGAAACAUCUGACGGACUGGAAACAUCAGAGAUUAAAGAUCCAUCCAGUCGGACUGCUGUUCCUGACAAGCCAAGUGUCACGGCACCUGAUAAAGAUAAUGAGACAUGUGCAGCUCUGCCAAGUUCCGCAUCCAACUCCGUCAGUCUCCAGCCCACCAAAACCAUGAAUUCAGGAUCAGAGAAGGAUGACGGAAAACCAGACGACAUCUUAGAAUGGGCUUCCCUGCCAAGCACAGAGACCGGCUCGCUUGAUGGCAGCUGUAGGGAUUUGCUAAAUUCAUCGAUAACCAGUACAACCAGUACUCUCGUCCCAGGUAUGCUAGAAGAGGGAGAGGAUGAGGAUGAUGAAGAGGAGGAUGACUAUGCUCAUGAACCUAUUUCUGUGGAGGUACCCCUUUCAAGUAGAAUUGAAUCAUGGGUAACUGAAGCACAAAAAACAUUGGAGAACCUUCAACUGGGCAAAAAUGAAGACAGUACGGAGGAAGACGACGGAGGCCACAGCGAAGAGGAGGAACUUGAAUUGCCUGAACAAACGGACACCAUUGAUCAUAAAGAUUUGCUGCUGGAAACGAAAAGCUAGAAGAAACAAAUGAAUUGCCUUUUGGCAAACCUCACAACCAUAAUCUCAGGAAAAUUAGAAUUAGGAAAGCUCGGUGAUUCUCCAGAUUUUUCCAUCACCACAAUUUUGGAAAGUCGUUCAUCAAUGAGUUGAACAAAACGUAUUCCACUUCCAGUUUUUGUUUGUUGGCAUUUGAAAAUGAAAGAAGCUACUAAUUGUAAAUAAUAAUUAUCACCAGAAUAUUGUAUUUAUGUCUUGUCAGUUAUUAUUUAAAAUGAUUAACAUGCGUUGCAUUUUGUUCUAUUUAGCUUCAGUUUCCUCUUCUAAAGACUUUGUUGUUCAUGGUGUGUUUGAGCAGCCGGCCUCAUGUCUUAUUUAUGACCUCUUUUGUUUUGAGAGCAUAGCAGCUCAACGUCUGGGGGAAGAAAUGGAAGAUUAUGCACUUUAUGUGGCAAUGGCAUUGUGUGUUUGUGUGUGCGCGUGCGUGCGUGCGUGUGUCAGUUGAAUGUUUGCUCAUGUUAAUUAACACCUAUUCUGUUUAUAUGUAAUAUUAUAUUUUGAUCUGGUAAUUGUUCUAUUAACAUAUAGUGUGUUAAUUGUUUAUAAUCUUUCAUGUUAAAAAAAAAUAUAUAUAUAUAAAGUUUACCUCAGAUUUGUGCUUGCAGACCUGCUAGGAAAACAUAGAAAAACUGUUUUUAUAGAAAUUUUUAAAUAUUUUGUCUUGUUAGUGGAUUACUAAACUUUAAAACUAAACUGUUUAUGGAAACUUAAUUAAAAAAAAUACUGAGUGAUGACAUUUCUAUAGUUUGAGCUAUGAUCAAAUUUGUAGACCAAUGGGAUUGUAUAGUCCUGUGGUGAAUAUUAUUAAUAAUUGUCUUUUUACAUUAUGACAGACCAACAAAAACAUGUUCACUUAGAUAGAUUUUAUGUUUAUAUAUAUAAAAAAAAAAUUAUGUUGUAUUCUCAGAUCUUCUAAAUGUAUUUAUUUGUAAGGAAUUCUUGCAUCACUCCAGUUGCUAAUGCUGUUGCUUUGAUAACUAAGACAUAAGCAAUGUAUAAUUUUUUUUUUCCCAAAAAAAGAAAAUGCUAAAAACCAUGUGUGUCCAUCCUUAUUACUAAGAGGAUAGUUUAGAGAAAUUGAAUUAUUUUGUUUAUCCAUUUAUUCAUCACACUUAUUAAAGCAGUGGUGUGCUAUUAUGCCUAGAACAAAUAUGUGCAAGAUAAACCCCCGACCCUUAAUGUUUAAUAAUGUCAUCAUUAAAGUUCCGACUCAUUAUUGUGGCUUUUUAAUAUGUUCAUUGAAUUGAAAUCUGAUUCUACUGAUGGAUCUCUUUCUACUGUUAGUUUUAUUUGCUCUAAUGUGAUGCUCUCCCAGCCUGUAAAGAUGCCCGUUCUUCUCUUAUUUUAUGUGCUGUAGGUCAGCGCCACUUGGACAGAACUGGAAGUCCAUUGGUAGGGCUUUUUGCUUUUCCAUUAUAUUUAUAACCCCACUAGCAUUAUAUGGUAGUUGAGUUUAAUUUACAAUGCAGGGUUAACGUUUUCAAUUUUGUUUUUGGUACUCUGACAUCAUUUGGGAUAAAAACAA